CCCCAAAACACAACACACAAUACGCAACACCCCAGAAAAGUCCACUAUAAACAUAAAACAUGUUCUACCAACCCGGAGUCACCGACCACGGUCUACCCCACGAUCCUUUCAAGGCCUGUGUCAUCCCCCGCCCCAUCGGGUGGAUAUCCACCAAAAACAAAAAAGGCCAAUGCAACCUGGCCCCCUACUCCCAAUUCAACAACCUCACCUUCGACCCGCCCUACGUAAUGUUCUCCUCGAACCAAACCGCCCACGGCACCCGCAAAGACACCGUCAUCAACGCCGAAGAAACCGGCACGUUUGUGUGGAAUCUAGCCACCUGGAAUCUCCGCGAAGCCGUGAACAUCACCGCCGAGCAGACCCCCUACGGCACAGACGAGUUCGAGCUGUGCGGCGUGACCAAGGAACAGGCCACGUUGGUGGAUGUGCCGAUGAUCAAGGAGUCGCCGGUGAAGUUCGAAUGCGAGUAUCAUACCACGGUCCGGUUACCGGGGAACCCGCCCAUGGGGACAGUGGAUAUUGUCAUUGGGAAGGUGAUUGGGGUGCAUAUUGCGGAUGGGGUGCUGACGGAGGGGUUGUUGGAUGUGAGGAAGACGGAGCCGAUUGCUAGAUGUGGGUAUUAUCAGUAUACGGUGGUGAGGGAGACGUUUGAGAUGGUGAUUCCGAAUAUGUCGGAUGAUGUGUUGUAUGGGUUGGAGGGGAAUGCGGCGUUGAAUCGGAGGAAGAAUGAGGUGAAUAUGGCGGGGGGACAGGGGGAGGGGGGUGUUGAGAAGGUGGAGGAGAAGGAGAAGGAGAAGUAG